AACGGGUAAAUGGCUGCUCUCACUAGCACGUUGCAUAGCAACUGCUAUCAUUUAAAUUUGAUACUUCUGCUAUCGAACAGGCAAAGCAUUUGGCUACUUAUAUUUAUGUUAUCAAAAUUGAAAUUUGCUAUGUGUAUGACGCGAUAAUGCCUAGGUUUUAGCCUUUAUUUUUAUGUUUGUGAGUUUUGUGUUUAGUUAGUAUGGGAUGCGUUUGUGGAAAAGAAGUAGUCACUAUUGGUGGCAAGAAUUAUGUGAUAAGAGACAAAAUAGGAGAGGGAGGCUUCAGCAUUGUGAAUCUGGUUGAAGACACAAUCUAUCACAAGACUUUUGCAUUGAAGACACUGACAUGUCACAGCAAAGCCGAUCUAAAGACGGCGCUACAGGAGGUAGCCUUCCACAAGCAGCUACACCACCCGGCCAUCCUGCAGUGCCUCGGCUCUGAGGUCACGGGCGAGCCGGACAUCGCGGCCAACGUCACCUGUGACGUCUAUAUUCUGCUGCCCUUCCUGCCCGGCGGCACGCUGCACGACGACCUGUUGUCUCGGGCGGCCGCUCGGCGCCACCUUGCCGAGCCGGAAGUGCUCCGUCUGUUCGCCGCCGUCUGCGAAGGCGUGCGCUCCAUGCACGAGUCACAGCCGCCGCUGGCUCACCGUGACCUGAAGACGGCUAAUGUGCUGCUGACGGCGGACAGACAGCCGGUUAUCAUGGACCUGGGUUCGAUGGCAGAGGCCCGGGUAGAAGUGGAGACGAGUGCGCAGGCGCGUCAGCUGCAGGAUCUCUGCGCCGAGCGGUGCAGCAUGCCCUACCGGGCGCCGGAGCUGUUCAACGUCCAGGCCGGCGAUCGGAUCGACGAGCGGACGGAUAUCUGGAGUCUGGGCUGUCUGCUGUACGCGCUUUGCUUCUUCAAGUCGCCGUUUGACGCGGCCUACGAGCGCGGUGACAGCGUGGCGCUGGCGGUGCUGGCCGGCACCGUUCACGUGCCAGAGGACUCGCCCUACUCACAGUCGCUCAUCGACCUGAUCCGUCACAUGCUGUCCAUCUCGGCGGUCGACCGGCCCUUCAUCGGGGACGUGCUCCAGCUGACCCGCGCCGUGGCCUCCCAGCACGACGACCACGCCCAGCUCGACUCGGGACGCACCGUGGCCACGUGACACGCGCCGGCCGUAAGUGCGGCGGUCACGUGACCCGCGCCGGCUAUGUGGGCUGCGGUCACGUGGCUCAAGUCUAGGAAAUGUGCGGAACUCUAGUGAUGCACACUGAAGAAUUCGAUGGUUUCCGGAUGCCCUUGUGCGGUAAUCAUGAGACAGACGGCGGUGAAGCUUACGACAAUGACGCGACUAGCCUGUUGAUGGUGAGUGGAGAUAUCAGUAACGUUACCCGCAGCUGUAUGACGGCGACAAGCACCGGUAAUAUUCCAUGCAGUUUGCAUAGUAAUGGAGUCAUCCCGACGGCUGAAGAACAAAUAGACGUGGAGAGAAGAAACGGACAGGAAGCGAGGCAGCCAGGCUGUUACAGGAAGGGUAUACUUACAACCGCAGUGUCAUCGGGUACUGCCGUACGCUCUAUGCAUGCAUCAUGCAUCUAUCUUCUACGCAGUUCAAAUUUGACGGCAGUUCAAUGUCAACAAACUAUGCAAACACUUCGGUGGGCUGAUUGCAGCACAACGGUGUCAUUUUGUGGCCUUUUACGUGUCCGUGUCUAUGCAUGUUGUUUUUGGAGCUAGGCUGGGUCGGAAAUAAUGCGUCCUGGUUAUUCCUGUGUUUCGCUUCGCACAACAGUGUCCAUCUAUGCAUGUGUUUGUGGCUUCAGUGACCAGAGGUGUCAGUGGAUAUUGGUCGUGUUCAGUUUGGGCUGGUGAUUGUUUUUGGGGAAUGGGUGUUCUCCAGAUCGGGUCGUUUCGUAGUUCGAUGUGUUGCCUUGUCCGUGUUCAUACGUGUCGGGUAGCACACAGCAUCGGCUCUUCCGACAAUCAGAAUCGAGCUACUUAUUUUGUGAGCAUUUACUGUCCGUGCCUCCGAGUUAAGUCCACAUGUGAUAUUCCAGGUCGCCGUGCAAUGCGUUCGUCUGGUUUAGUUGAUCUAAAUGUGGGAGAUUUCCACUGGUGAGUCGUGUUGAACAAAAUGUAUCGCUUUACGCGAGUACCAGCGACCUAGCGCAAAUGGGCUGAAACAGUCGAAAUUUGUUCAGUUACCUGGUCCUUCCCUUGUUCAUGCAGGUUUGCCUUGCCUCGUAUUCAUUUGAGGAAAUAUAUGAUUGUCAACAUGGAA